AUGUGUUUCUUUGUCUUCAAACGACGAGGUGCUGGUUUCGUGGGAUCUCAUUUAGUGGAUCACCUGAUGCUCGAAGGCCACGAAGUGAUUGCUCUUGACAAUUACUUCACUGGUAGGAGACGUAAUGUUCAACACUGGAUUGGACAUCCAAACUUUGAACUUGUACAUCACGACGUUGUGAAUAGUUAUUUCACCGAAGUCGAUCAAAUCUAUCACCUGGCGUCGCCGGCAUCACCUCCGCAUUACAUGUACAAUCCGGUAAAAACAAUCAAAACAAAUACAGUUGGCACAAUCAAUAUGCUCGGUUUAGCAAGGCGUGUAAAGGCACGAAUCCUGUUAGCAUCCACAUCCGAAAUCUAUGGUGAUCCCGAGGUACAUCCUCAACCAGAAACAUAUUGGGGACACGUGAAUACAGUUGGUCCCAGAUCAUGCUACGACGAAGGAAAACGUGUAGCAGAAUCGUUGAUGGUUGCCUAUCACAAGCAGGAACAAGUUGAUAUUCGAAUCGCACGGAUAUUCAAUACGUUCGGUCCACGGAUGCAUAUGAACGAUGGACGAGUUGUUAGUAAUUUCAUACUGCAGUCACUUCAAGGACAGCCGAUCACGAUCUACGGCGAUGGAAGUCAAACACGUUCGUUCCAAUAUGUGAAUGACCUCGUUGAAGGUUUAAUCGCGUUAAUGAACAGCAAUACAACGUUGCCGGUGAACAUAGGCAAUCCUGAAGAACAUACAAUCCUUGAAUUCGCUUACAUUAUUAGGGACCUUGUUGGGAGUGACUCACCAAUCGUCAAAAAAGAUGCACAGCAGGAUGAUCCAAAACAACGAAAACCAGACAUUACAAGGGCGGCGAAUUUAUUCGGUUGGAAACCGAAGGUUUCCAUGCGCGAUGGUCUGCUUCAAACAAUAGAGUUCUUCAAACACGAAUUAGAUUAUGAAAGAACGAAGACGGAAGAGACGAAGCUCAAUUACGCGCUAAGGAAUGGUGAAUAUAUGAAAGAGGCGUUGAAACAACUCAAUGCAAUGCAUCCCUCAUCCGAAACAUCGGCAUCCUCUGCAAACUUACGAUAA